AUAAUUUUAUUAAUAUAUCAAUACCUGUGAUAAAAUAUUCCUUGAGCCUGUUGAGAAACGUCUAACGUUUCGUAAAGACUGUUGAAUCAACUUGCUUGUAGACAACAUAUUUUUAAACUUUUAAUAGUGUAUAAAGAACUAGAGUGACAAGUAUGAACGAAGUCAAUAAUUCUGAACAAUUGCCAAAAAUAAUUACAUCAUUUCGAAGUUUAUUACAACGUUUUUUACAAGUAGACUUUGAUCUUUGGAAGUGGAAAUUUGUCUUGGGGCUAUUACCGUAUAUAGCAAAAUGAUAUAAUAUAUUUAUCAAAUCAGCAUGAGAAAAAGUACUUGAAAACAUUGAUACGUUUGUAUUGGAGACGAAACUCUUUUAUUCUUGUUGCCUUUUAUUAAUAUGUGGUAUAAACGAAUAAAGAUAUCGGUUUCAUAUUCCGAGUGUAAUCUAUCGUGAGCUCGAUCGUGAGGGUCGUUUCUCCUGUGGUUUUUACCGGAUUCUAAUUAAAUUCAAAAUGGCGGAACUUCCACCACAAAGUAAAGUAAAAAUUCGCGAAAUUGUGCAACUUGAAAUUGAAGUUACCGCAUUAAUUCAAGAAACUACGAAUAUUAGUGAAUCCCAGGAUGAACUGAAUCAAGUAAAUACAAAAGUUAAGAAGUUAAUUCAAAGUUUGAGACGAAAACUGGAGGUUUGUGUUAAACAUAAAUUUUUAGAUUUUUGUGUUGUGCUCUGAAUGUUUCAAUUUUAUGUUGUUUCAAUUUUAUGGUAGUGUACUCAUUUAGGAAUUGAAACAAAUCGGAGAAGAACAAGAUAAAGAAAGCAGUCAUGUUAAAAUCACGGAGGAAGUUGACAAACAUUAUUAUAAUUUAUCAAGGUACUUUAGUUAAUUUGAAUAAAUUACGUUCAUUUCUGUAAUAAUAUUAACUCCAGAUAAAAGUCCUAUGAUUGGAUCAAGCCAACAUGUGAUCUGUUGUAGGUAUAAAACACAUGUGUGUUUAUUCUGUUGCUUUGUGUGACCUUGGGGCACAUGUCACUGCAGCCAGUCCCCCCUGACUGGAAAGUUUGGAAAUUGCACAACUGAGUAAAUAUUAAUAUAUAGAAAGCACCAAAAUUGCAUGCCUGAUAUCUUGGUUGCGCGAUACAAACUUUCCACACUGGUCAGUCCCUGUAAUUUGUUUUCUCACACUGGGUUGCCAUUUGUUCUGCCACUGCAAGCAGGGCGGUGCCUUUAUUAUUUAUCUUCAAUAACAUAUCUGUUUAUAAAAAACAUGAUUAACAAAUCCCGGAUAACGGUUCAGUUCAUAAUCUAAACAAAAACUAUAUAUAACUCAAAAAACAUUAGUAUCCACCAAUCUGGGAGGGUGGGUGGGUAACUGCAUACAAUGUGCAAAAAACUCACAUGACUUUAUACAACUCAUGUGACCUAACACAAGGCAUCCCAAUAUGAGAAAACUGGUUUUCGCUUAUUUCGUAAACUCGGACAGUGAGAAACUCAAAGUCUUAAUUUGUGACUGAGCCUUCAGUGUGUUGUACCUGAGUUUGCAGGAUCAUGCCCCAGAUAAUAUAGGGUGUGGGUUACGUGAAUGGUCUGCUGUUACGGUAGAGGCAAGCAUCUCGAUUACAGUUACUGUAGGUUAACAUUUUGUGAAUUAUUUCUGCCACAACUCUAAAACAAUUUUGCUAAAGAGAAUGCUAAAUACAGAAAUCUAAUAUCCAAUUUCAGCAUGCAAGGAAAUUUUCGUAAAGCAAUCACGAAAGCCCAAAUUUCUAUUGAGAAAUACGAAAAGAGUCAGUUAAUGUCAGCUGAACCAAAAAAUGAACUACGACACAGGUAACCAAGUCAUAAUAUACUUAUAUAACUGCAUCUUACAGGUCUUGCCAAAUGAAUUUGGUUUUAUGGUUGUAGUAAGUCUAGCAAGCUGCAAUGAAUGCUUCUUUGUAAUCUUGAUCCUUCUGCCAUUUGACAAUUUUAUUUUGUGAGGGUCAAGUAUUGACUGCAUGUUCACAGUUAAUUUAAUUUUUAGACAGCAAAGCAAAGAGGGCUUGGCAAAAAGUGCCAGCAGCAUAACAGAAAAUUUAAUGAGUAUAGCAAAAAUGAUGGAAAGUCAAGUUCAACAAAGCAGAAAUAAUACUGAAGUUUUAAGUAAGUAUCUUUUGCCAUUAGGAGUAAUCCUUAUGUGUGAGAAAAAUCAACACUGCUUAGCAUAAAAAUGAGUUGAUAACCAUAGGCAUAUGAGUCAGUGUUUAGUCGGGCAGAUUCUAUUUAAAAUCAAUUAAAGGUAAUUAAAAGUCCCAAUUCGAAGUAACAAGAGAAGCUGAUGAGGUUUUGCAAGAUUAAAUAUUUCCACUAAUUUAAUUUUUAACUAGAUCUUGUUUGCUGCCACAAAGGUACACCCCCCCCCCCUGCCCACUUUUCUCAUUGUAAGAGAAGUGGUGGUAUCCUCCCUGUAGUGCGGCCACUGAGAAUCAAUGUAGUUUUUAUUUCAUUUCUUCAGUGACAUCAUCCAAGGGUAUCACAGACACAAAUGAAGAACUACAGGGACUUUCAGGGUUUGUUCACACCAGUAAACAAUUAUUGAAUAAAUAUAAUCGACGUGAAACGACAGACAAAUUGUUAAUAUUUUUUGGUUUAGUAUUAUUUUUCUCUACUGUAUUAUACAUAAUAAAGAAAAGAAUUUUCCCUUCCUAAAAAUUCUAAAAACAAUUAUACAAGGGCGAUGGAAUCAAAUAAUCUUUUGUUUAGAUACCCUCCAUGUGCACUGAACGGACCUAUUCCCUAAUGAACAAAAUUUUGAUCAUCAUCAUCAUCAAUCAAUUUUAUUUAAAAUCAAAACACGCUAGCCUCGCACAACUAAAAGCUGAUUUACAGGGAGGGAGUAUUUACAGAAUAUUAUAUGAACCCCCCAACCUCCCCCCAACAAACAAACUGAGAAAAAUAAAGUAAAGUAAAGUAAAUAAAGAGAGUUAACUAUAAUUAAGUCACAUGGUUCUAAAAGGACAGUUCCGCA